CGAGAAUACCUUGAAGCAGGCAGCCCCGCCAACCAAGUGCGAGAUGGCGGAGGUGCUGUCCAACCUCAGCGAGCUCCGAAUACUCGGGGACUUCACGAAGCGACACGAGAGCGUCGCCCUGGACUCGGUGUACAUCCGGGCGGCUGGGAGCGGGACGUCUAGUGGUAGCGGAGGCCUCGGCGGCGGAAUAGGUGGCAGUUCCCUCCCCGUCUGCGCUCAGGGGUCUCCGGAUGCCACCGUUUGCUCGUGCUAA